UGAAACGCAAUCGCAAUCGCAAUCGGAAUCGGUAUCGGAAUCGCGAGUUAAAAGUGCCAAUGAACUUAAUGCGCCGGCAGCCUAGGCUGCAGUUGCUCCGUACGGCGUGGAAGGAGCAGGGCCAGCUGGCCAUAUCGGUGCUGGGUACACCGGUCCUGACCAGGAGGCCCCAGCUCCAGGAUGUGCCCCAACCCGUUGCCGGUGCUGCGGCGCUUAUGUCCACCACAUCAGCGCUAUCCAACUCCGCCGCUGCCUCCGCCAUAUCCCCAGUAUCCGCCGUACCCCUGGUAUCCGCAUCCCAACUAUCCCUAUCCCGAGGGGCGCACGGACAAGAGAAAGGAUCAGGAGCCGGAUCAAGAGGUGAAAGAGGACAAGGAGGAGCAGGAGGAUUCGAAGGAGCCGGAGCAGCCGGAACAGCCAGAGCAGCCGGAUCAGCCCCCGCAAGAACCAUCGCCAGAGGAGCCGCCACCUCAGGAAAGGCCGGAGGAAAUGCACCACCAUCCAAGGGAGCGGCAAAGGGUGGAGGAACCAGCAGCCCCCCACCCUCCGCCAAAUCGGAUGGAGGAAAGAGCAGCCCCCCGCCCGCCGCCAAGUCAGGAGGAGGAAACGCCCCGCCCGCCGCCGCCAAGUCAGGAGGAGGAGACGGUGGUGGAAAGGAUAAAGGAAAACCACCCGGCGCCGGCGCCGCCGCCCCCGCCCCCCCAGCCGGAGGAAAACCAGCAUCCCCACCACCCCCACCAGCGGCCCCCAAGCCGCCGCGCAUGAAGACCUUCGAGAUCUAUCGCUGGAAGCCGGGCGAUCAGCCCCAGACCCAGACCUACGAGCUCGAUCUGGAGAAGUGCGGCGCCAUGGUCCUGGACGCCCUCAUCAAGAUCAAGACGGACCUGGACCCGACCCUCACAUUCCGGCGCUCCUGCCGCGAAGGCAUCUGCGGAUCCUGUGCCAUGAACAUCAAUGGCACCAAUACCCUGGCGUGUCUGGCGCCCAUCGACCAGAACGAGUCCCGAUGCUGCCGCAUCUAUCCGCUGCCACAUCUCUAUGUGAUCAGGGACCUCGUCCCGGAUCUCACCCAGUUCUACGACCAGUACCGCUCCAUCCAGCCCUGGCUGCAGCGCAAGAACAUGAAGCACGAGGCGGGCACGGCCCAGUACCUGCAAUCCGUCGAGGACCGGGCUGUUCUGGAUGGGCUGUACGAGUGCAUCCUGUGCGCCUGCUGCCAGACGUCGUGUCCGUCGUAUUGGUGGAACAGCGACAAGUACCUGGGACCCGCCGUCCUCAUGCAGGCCUACCGAUGGGUCAUAGAUUCCAGGGACGAGGCUACGGAACAGCGCUUAGGCUUUCUCAAGGAUCCGUGGAAGCUGUACAGGUGCCACACCAUCAUGAACUGCACCAACACCUGUCCGAAACACCUGAACCCCGCCCGGGCGAUCAUCGCCCUGAAACAGCUCUGCGUCGGAAUGAAGAAAAAGGACAAGCCCCAGAUGAAGACAGACGCCCUAUUCCAGGGCAAGAAAUAGGGACAUCAAUAGAAAACCUAAACACCCAAAUGACACUCACCAAAUCACAACACUCAAAUCACAAGAAGGGACACUGUUUGACAAAACAUCAAUUAGGUAUAUAAGGUAUAUAUUAGAAAUAUUUGGAAGACCAGAAAAAUUAUUAACAUCAGGGACAAAAGGGACUUUAGGGACAUUACGUAUAUUAUUAAUUUUAACAACAUUGAGAACAUUAAGUGCAUAGAGAAGUUACACAGUGACCCCGUCAUAGACGAAUAUUUAGGUAGGGAAUUCGACAUAACGUUAAUGGGACAACAUUCAAAACAAUUUCCUAUCGAACUCAAAACAGAGCGCUAUACCCAAACACUGAACAAUUAUACUGACAAAUGUGCACAACAUACUGCGCCUUUCGCAAUUUGGAUUGCUAUUUCAUAGUUCAUCAAUAUCGACUAGAUUUAGAUAGCACUAUACGAUAAUACUUAUGUAAUUGGAAACGAGGAAUCGCGCCCAACACUAACGCAUCCUGAUAUGAUCCUGAUUUAAACGAAGCCCAACAUUUUGCCCACAUUACUUGGCCGAUGCUACGAUAUGGAUGGAUGCCUAUGGAUGCAUUUUACGUACUUAAUCAAAAUAUGUGCUGUAUAUCGGAAAGAAUCGAGAGCAACGAAUAAAAUGCAUAAUGCUAAUGUAAAA